AUGAGCUGGGUAGACGAGACAAAUGGCCUUCUAAGGUUGUACCGGCUGAAUCGGACAACCAACCGAAAUGUGCGUCCGAGAAACCGACACCUCAUGCAGCCGAUGCCUUCUCCUAUCCGCAUCAGCACCUACCGCUCUGCAAUCGUGCCUUUGCACUGCGAAUGCAUUCUGGAGGAGAAGCGUCGAAAAGAGCGAAAAAAGGAGGAGAAGGAAAAAGCUGCAAACGCGAAAAAUUUAAGAAGGCACGGGCAGAAGCAGAUUAUUUAUUCCAUCACCGACAAAUCACUUUAA